GUGUCCACAAGGGCGAUGCCUUGACACUGUGUUUAGUUGGAAUGACAUAAUAAGUGCCAAAUAUUUGGUGACUCAACCUCACAGUAAAAAGCACACGUUUUCCCAUAUAUCCAUAUAUUGGGUUAGCCUGCUUCUUUAUAUUAUUUGCCUUCAAAUGCCCUUUUCUCACAGUUCCUGUUGGGAUAGUGACUAUGGAAGUAUGACCGACGCGCUGGAGUUGAAGCACAUUCAAGUUGUCUGUGACAACAAUAACGUCUCGAGUGACCAAACGAUUGAGGUGAUUCCAGGGAAUGGCACUUGCUCAGACCACCUAAGAUCAGAGAGAAAUGAAGUGUCCCCUCUUCUAGUAACACCACAGGUCACUGAGAACAAUAGGGAACAGCACCUCCAUGGGGAUGGAGUCGAUAUUGACUCUCUAACUCAACCCAAGUGGCAAAGGGAGCUGCGGAGGGUCAAGAGAGAACUGAAUGAGGUGGUGGUGUGGAAACUCAAACUAUGGACAUUGCUACUUCUAAUCUUUAUUGCCAUUGCUCUGGUUAUUGGGAUCUCAAUUAUUGUGUGUGCAGUUGUUCAUGACGAUGAGGAUGAAAAAUAUGACAAAUCAUCAUUUGUGGUGGCACGCUUCUUCAGAGGAAAUUUUACUCUGGAUGCUAACAAUUUCACUUCAGACUCUCAGGAUGAAGAGACUAUGAUAGAGCUGGAACAGCAGCUGAUGGAAGUCUACAGUUCUUCUCCUGCAUUGGAGCGGUACUUUAACAGUGUCACCAUAAACAAUCUCCAAGACACUACAGCCCAGUUUAAGCUCCAGUUCAUGAUGCCUUUAGAACAUGAGGAGUUGAUACACUACACUCUGAGUCUAAAGAUGGUUAAAAAUGUGCUGCUCCAACACUUGUAUGAUCGAGACGCUGGAGACCCUUUCUAUAUCAUACCAACAUCACUCCACAUGGAAGUUGGGUAGACAUGCCAAACUUUGGAUGUUGUAAAUUGAACCUCUGGAACCCUCAUCAGAAAACAGAACAUUCCAUACAUCACAUUAUUUAAUUCGAUUGCCUUCUGGACUCUUUAACAGAUCUCUUAAUAAUAUUAAUUAUCCACCAUUAAUAAUUAUCUCAGUCUUUAUGGGUUCAUUUCAAAAUAGCAUUGCAGUAGGUCAGUGUUCAUACAGUAUGUUUUACACAAUUUAU